AUGGCAGUUGAACUUUGGAUACCGUACACUGCCUCUCCUUCGUGGAUAGCCUUGCAGCUGGCUAUGACAAAGAUCGCCAUCGAUCUGAACCUCUUAGAGGCUCUAGUCUCGCACGGACGGUCGAUGAGCGUGCAGGAACUAGCCCAGGCAACGGAGGCCUAG